AUGGGGAUAUUGAAGGCCGACAACAUUCCGACAAAAAAAGACUCAAACUCAGGUGAACUGAGUGAGCAUAACCGCCAUUGCUCUUCUAAAGCCGUCGAAACACCUUUUCAGGAUGAUGAACUGAUCCCACUAAGACUAGAGGUUUCUCAAAAGAUUUUGGAUGGGUCAGACAAAUUUCCUAACUUUCCAGGCGAUCACCAUUUUGAUUUUGGGGAGUACGUCACCGCUCGUCAAGAUGUUUUCACGGGUGGUACGAACUCAAUGACGAGGACUGCAAGUUCGAGAGUCUUUGUUGCAGUCGAUGGCUACCAUAAAAUUAAUGAACUUCCAGAAAAUAUUCCUUCAUUCCGUGAAGAUAUUUGGUGGUUUUAG